GGUGGUGAAUGGGGAGCGCUUCUCCUCCUCCUCCUGGGCGGAGAGUGGUCAGCAGAUAAAAGGGAGGCAGGGGUCAGCUGGGCACUGCCCGGAGUGGAGCGAGGUGCGGCUGGAGGACAGCAGCGAGGAGAGCGCUCACCCCUGGUGCCGGGAUGGGGCCGCUGCUGCUGGUGCUGGCCUCCUGCCUGGGGCUGGCCAUGGCCUCCGAGGGGGCCACCAACGGCAGCCGGCUGUGCCGUGAAGCCCCGGCGUGGCAGAUCAAUGGCUCCAGCCCCAUGGAUGGUGCGGUGGGGCAGGUGACGGUGGUGGCCCUGCUGAAGGCCAGCUGACACUUCUGCCUGCUGCAGGCCCGCAGCCUCGGGGCCCUGAGGGAGCGGCUGGGGCAGCAGGGUGUGAGCGACGUCCGCUAUAUGAUCAUCAACGAGCAGGCCCCGCUGUCCCGCGCCAUGUUUGGGGAGCUGCAGCGCCAUGCCCCGCCGGGCGUCCCCGUCCUCCAGCAGCUGCCAUAUGAGCCCGAUGUGUGGCAGCUGCUGGGGGGUGACAAAGAUGACUUCCUCGUCUAUGACCGCUGUGGCCGCCUGGCCUUCCACAUCCAGCUGCCCUACAGCUUCCUGCACCUGCCCUACGUUGAGUCCGCCAUCCGCUUCACCCACCGCAAGGACUUCUGUGGGAACUGCUCCCUCUACCCCAACAGCACGCAGGAGGCCAACAGUACCACGGAGGUCCCUGCGACCCUGACCCCGCUUCCCAAACAGGAGGAGAAGGAGUCCGAGACCCCCGUCCACCACCAACCCAACCAUCUCCAUCCCCACCACCGUGCAGCUGGCAGCGGGACCGCCCCAGAGCCCAGCGGGGACCACAGAGCUGCCCACGCUCACCACCACCACAGAGCCCAUGGCCAACUCCAUCCCAAGGGGCAGACACCAGAGGGACGUGAUCCCUGAUGUGGGCAGAACCCAUAGCGUGCACACCACGCUGGCUCGCUUCCCAGAGGCAUCGAAAGACCUGCUUUGUCCAGUGUUGGUUUACAGCCCCCUUCCACCCAGUGCCCAGUGAUGAAAAUCCCCCCUCCGGCACCCAAAGGUGCUGAGCUUUUGGCUCUAAGACUCAGUUCUAGUCCUUCUUCCUCUGCUGCUGCCUCUCUGUGCUCAAUGAUGCCCGUGGUGCAAAGCGGGACCUCCCCGGUCACCGCAGGCUGACACUGCACGGAGCAGCGGGGCACGGGUUGAAGGAGCAGAACUGGGACCCGUGGGUCCAUCCAGAGCGCCAGGGUGAGCCCGGAGGGUGGGAAUGCUGACGGGGAGGAUGGAUGGGAAUGCUGACGGGGGUCACUGCUCCCUGCGUCCCCACCUUCCCACCCUGUGCACGGGGAUGUGCAGUGGUGGUGGGUGGCCGCAAGAUGGUGGCCGUGUCCCCUCUCAGAAAACGGGGGCUGCCUCCAAAGCCCGCAGCCCAGGGAGGAGGACGUGGGUGGGGGUCCGGGGGUGAAGUGGACAUACAGACGAUGAAUAAAGCCUCUGUGAAGUGAACCCUA